AUGAGACCGCUCCCCCUCAUGGGGUCCCUCCUCGCCGCGGGGAUCGGUGGUCCCGGGAGCGGCGUCCGGCCCGCCCUCGCAACGGUCCCCAUCCUCACCGAGGUCGCCCUCAAGGGCUGCGCCGACGUGGGCUGCCCGGCCGGCGCCGUGCACGACCUCGUCGGCGAGUCCAACUGCACCCUCGGCGGCUCCGUCCUGCGCCGCGUCGGCAUCGCCCCGGAGGUCCUCGACAUCCCCAUCGACGACAACAACAUCACCGACAUCCGCAAGCUGUCCGUGACGGUAGCCACCCUGCACAACGGCCCCGCCACAUCCUCCUCCUCCUCCAACUGGAUGAAGAAGCAGGUCUACACGCAGUCGUACUACCUCGGCGCGCCCGCCGGCCUGAACCUGUCCUCGCCAAAGUACCCCAAGGGCUGCGCGCUCAUCUUCCAGCACCUCUUCCAGACGCUGCCGAUCGCGCACGAGGUCAAGGACGACGAGACGACCGACUGCUCCUCGUGGCUGCAGCAGAGCUGCAUGGACGAGAUCACGGGCUACGUCGACGACUUCCGCGCGGAGCACGCCAAGGACGAGGACCUGCCGCGCUGCCAGGAAGUCGCCAUGUACCUCGAGGAGCGCACGCGGACGGACAAAAACUUCCACUGCAACCUGAUCGCGGGCGCGGUGAAUAUCACGGGGGCCGAGAUCAUCGGGCCCGACGCCCCGGAUACGCCGGCGCAGGACGCUGGCGCGAACAACGGCUGCCACCCGACGCUGCCGGCGGCGUACGACUUGAUGAAGCUGACGGACGUGGAGCUGAUUCUUGAUGAGGACGGUGGGACGACGACGCCGACGGGCGGGUUGAACGGGUACACGCCGGUGAUGAGCGUGCUGUUCGACAAGCUGCUGUAUUCGCAGUGGAUCUGCAUGAAGACGAUGAGCGAAUUUGAGAGGGAGAGCACGGCGGCGCGGAGCACGCCCCUGAUGGCGGGGCUGGUGAUGGGAGCCGCCACCCUCAUUGCGCUGUUGAUGUUAUGA